ACGAACUUGCCAUGCAGAACUCAGUAGCACAGUGCUUUCUCCUUUCUGUUGGGGCUGUUAUUUUUAGCUCUUGUCUGAGAGAGUCUACAGCUCAACGGGAGCAUGAGGAAACGUACCAGGGCCUGCAGCUUGAGGCUCUGAAGAGCAUUAUUCUGGAGUACCUCGGGAUGGAUGCGCCACCCGGGCCUGGUGGAAGAGCUUCUCAUCAGGACCUGGUCAGGAUGUACCGUCAGUAUAGGAGAAUGGGAUACUUGCUUAAGGGCAACUCCAGUGAGGAACAGGAGCUUCAGCCAGCAAAAAGAGCCUCUACGGUGCUCUUUCCCACAACAGUACAGCUUCUGAAUUCUUCUGUGGAUUCCCGGCAGCAGUGGUUCAGAGCUGCUUUCUACAAAAACUCACGCAUUAAAACUGGAGUCAACCUUAAACAUGCAAGGCUGCAAAUUAAGAGACCACACACGGACAAAAUUGCACCAGGCCAGCCGUGGCUCUCAAAAGAUGUUGUGGUUAGAAUGCAUAAACCUCCUGGUUUUCAUACAGAGACCGUAUUUCACGCGGGGGACAUGAGCUCUCGGGAUGUUACGUUGGAUUUGACAGUUACGCUUAAGAAGUGGCUUAAGGACACCAGUGCUGAGCUUUUAGUUGUUGAAAUUGGCCUCCUUAAAAAACAAGAAGUGAGUACACAAUCCACACCUCAGCUUGUUUUACAACUUGACCAAGCAGUGAGGAGAAGAAACAAGAGAGCUCUGUCUACUAGAGAGGAAAGCGUUGAGGAUGAAGGUCACUGCAGGCGAAAGUCAUUAAAUGUUUCCUUCAAAGACAUCGGCUGGUCAGACUGGGUUAUUGCUCCCUCGGGCUACACUAUGCACUACUGUGAUGGUUCCUGCCCACAUAAUUAUAAACCUGCCAGUAUGCAUACGCAGGUGAAGUCUCGUCUGCAUCUCUUGUCCAAGGGAACGACACCCGGGCCUUGCUGCGUACCAGCUGCAUAUGAGCCAAUGGUUCUCAUGCACUAUGACAGCCGUGGAAAGUUGAAGCUCACGCCUUUCAACGAUUUGAUAGUUAGUAAAUGCCACUGUGCAUGAACAGCACUGGCACUGGCACUGGUUAUCCACUGAACUCAAAAGAGAAGAUGAAAAG